CGAUUUCGGCUCUCCGGAGGAUAUUGCCCGCGUGUAGGGCUGCCCCCUCAUGUCAGGGUGGCAGGAGUGGUCCCAGCAGAUCGCCGCGUCGAUCCGAGCAGCGUACAGAGACGAAACGGGCCAGAUCAACCCCGCCAGCAUGGCCAUCCAGCAUACGGUAUUGUUUAAGUUCCCUGAGUUAAAGGACGACGCGCCGCUCCAAGCGGUCGUCGAGCAAUUCAACGCGUUGGAGGGCAUCAAUGUCCAAUUCACGGCACACGGCACUGCCACGCAAAGCAAGGCCGACGCCCUCACAACCCUAAACUGGCCCGACAAGACCGACGGCUACACGCACUGUCUGUUCGUCGUCGCCGAGGACCCCGAAGCUCUCAAAACCUACCUCCACUCGGACGCCCAUUUGAAAGAUUGGAUGGCCGCGGUCAAACCGCACAUUAAGGGCAUCGUGGUGUUUGAUUCGCGGCUGAAGGUGCCCCUCGAUCCAUCCAUACAUCAGCAGCUCCACCCCGUGUUGUUUCGACUGAAGGAUACUGUGAAUGCCGGCGAGCUCCAAUUACACGUGGAGAAGUUUAAUGGGUUGGACGGUAUUUCUGCGUCGCUCGAACCCUUCCUGGGCCAAAAGUUCCUCGACCUCGUCAGCUGGCCGGACAAGAGCGAGGGCUUCAACUGGUGCCUGACGGUGCUCGCGCGCGACGCGGACGCUCUCAAAAACUACCUCCACUCGCCGGAGCACAAGGCCUGGGCGGCGAGCGCGGGCCCGCACGUCGACGCGUCGCGUGGCCCGCCUUUGCUGGUCUUCGACGUGCCGCUGCGGCUGAAGAGGUAGGUAUCCGAGUAAAUGGCCCUGGAUGUGC